UCAGAGGAGAUGGAAGAGGGAAAUCACUCAGAAGUGACCGAGUUCAUUCUCUCCGGACUGACAGAUCGUCCGGAGUUGCAGGUCCCCUUGUUUGUGUUGUUCCUACUGAUUUUUAUCAUCACCCUGGUGGGGAACGGGGGGAUGAUCUUGUUAAUCAAGACCGACCCAAGACUCCACUCCCCUAUGUACUUUUUCCUUGGGAAUUUGUCUUUCUGUGAUCUCUGCUAUUCCUUGACAAUUGCCCCCCAAAUGCUGCAGAAUUUCUUAGCGGAGAGGAAAAGCAUUUCGUACACUGCCUGUGCCGUGCAAAUGUAUUUCUUCAUCGCUUUUUCAGAUCUUGAAUGUCUCUUGCUGGCUGUGAUGGCGUAUGACCGUUAUGUGGCCAUCUGUAACCCACUGCUCUAUACGGUCACCAUGUCCAGCCGGCUUUGUAACCUGCUGGUGGCUGGGGUGUAUGGGGUGGCAUUGGCGGAUGCAACGACAGGCACGUAUUAUAUAUUCCAGCUGUCAUUCUGCCACUCCAACGUCAUCAAUCAUUUCUUCUGUGACAGUCCCCCACUGCUGGCUCUGUCCUGCUCUGACACCCACAUCCUUGAGAUUUUGAUAUUUGCCUGUGCAUGCUAUACUGUAGCGACAAGCAUUGUGACCAUUGUCCUCUCUUAUGUCUGUAUCAUCUUCACAAUCCUGAGGAUCCGCUCUGCUAAGGGCCGGAGAAAAGCCUUCUCCACCUGCACUUCCCACUUGACUACAGUGGGCAUGUUUCAUGGUACCCUCCUCUUUAUGUACCUCCGACCCACCUCCAGCUACUCCAUAGACACUGACAAAAUAGCUUCUGUGUUUUACACACUGGUGAUCCCCAUGUUGAACCCUCUCAUCUACAGCCUGAGGAACAGGGAGGUGAAGGGCGCCCUGAGGAAAGCCAUGAAUAAACUCCUGACCCAUUCUUGA